AUGGCUAAAUAUUUUCCUGAAUUAACUUCGUAUCUUGAUUCUAUGAAGUUUGAAAAAUCUUGCGCCGAUUUUGAAUCCCAAGUAUCCUUUUCAGAUCCAAUAUAUGAAAUUCUUCAAAAAAGAAUUGAUGAGUUAGAAAAAAAUAAUAAACAAUUAUUAAGUGAAAAUAAGGCAUUAAAAAAAAGGCUAAGUGAAAGAUUUAUUAACCAAGAAGAUCGUAUUCAUUCUAUAAUAGAAAUUGCCAAAAAAGAACAAAGUAAUUUGUAUGAAGAUGUAAUAAAUUUAAUAAAAAAUCAAGAGCAGUUUGAUUUAGAUA